CAACCAAAGCUCAAUUGGGAUAACAACCAGACCCUACCUCAUAAGAAACAUGUCGAGGACAGCAUCUCGUUUCGUUUUCCGUUGUCUUUUUUGGGCCACCGUUGUGGGCUUCUUGUGCAGACGCACCUCUGCAACACGGUGGAUACCAGUCCUACAGACUGGGGAUAUUCCGCCCGCUCUCGAUUUACCUUCCCAAGUGUUUGUUCCCCAACGGAACGAGACUCUUCUCAUAGGCGGGUUCGACACGACAAACAAAGGAUUCGGGAACUACUUCCCCGCAAAGAACUCGUCGGGCAUUUCCGCCUACUCUAGCACAUUCUCCAUCAGGAGUGGUACUACCAGGGAUGGAACCCCCCAAUGGGUAUGGAAGAACUUGGCGCCCUCACAAUUUGCAGUCGAUGCCGGUGGAAGUUCUGCGGCCAUCACAGAUGAUGGCAAUAUGGUAGUCCGCUGGGGUGGGGUGCAGAUGGAUGCGACUCAGAAUCCAUUGCUGAGUACCGUGCACACCAUGAACUUCACCGGCGAAGCGUGGGGAGCCUGGGUGCCAAUGCAAACGACAAAUACGCCGCUACUAUCCGCCUUCGCGAAGGCCGUAAUCUACGGGGACCUUUUCAUCACCGUGGGGGGUAUCGACGCCGACGGGGCAGUGAAUAACGCUAUAAACAAGCUUUCUCUCCGAACGGGUACAUGGAGUACAAUGAGUGUUAUUGGAGAGAAUUUGCCAGCCUCCUGGGGACACAAUGUAGUGCUUUGGAGAAACUUCCCACUUCGAGAUGCUGUUGUUCCAAAUGGAAACGGGAUGGCCCCUGCUGAGAGUAGCGACGUUCUGCUCAUUAUCGGCGGACAAGUUUGUCCAAGUGACACACGGGCGGCGGGCCCAAGUUGUUUCAUCAAAUACCCCGGUUAUGCGCUGGACUUGGCCACCGAGACUCUGCAUUUACUGGAUACCAAAGGAACAAGCCCGGGUUAUAGAGCGCAAGCUACCGCGCAAUUGGUUCUGCAACCAGAUGGAGAAUAUGCCUUGUCGCUGACAGGCGGAUAUUACGGGGAUUCGACGUACGUUUACUGGUUUUGGUCAGACAACUGGUUGUAUACGCCAACUUCGCGGGUUUGGUCAAACACGCCGAUCGCGAAUCCGAGUACCUUUCCAAAUCGCUAUGGGGCGUUCUGCGUCCCGCCGUUUGCCACAGUGGGAUUCGGAUCCACGUUCCCCUAUUCGGUGCAUACGGACGCAUGGGCUCUUGUAACCUCCGGAGGGGAUACCAGCCAGUCGAGCCUAAACUUAUCGGGUGGUGGCCUCGUUGUCAGCGUCACCGGGGUCGAGUACAUCUUAACGAUGCGCGAUUCUCGCGGACUCGAGCUAGGGUACGGAGGCGAAACCGUGAUGGGUUUUCUAGUCGAUGAAUAUGGGCGCACGACGAUUGGCGUAGUUGAUGAUCACGGCAAUGGAACGUAUACUAUCGCCUUCCAGGCCAGCUGGGCAGGCGCACACGAUUUGUAUGUCAACUAUAACGGUGCUAGCAUGUUCGCGUCUACCAGUGUCAAGGUGCGAGUUCUGCCUGGCGCCGCAGACCCUUCGACCUCGUCCGUAACUUUCGCCACUGAACUCUACCAAGGAGUCAAUGCAUCGCUCGCAUUGGAUGUGCGUGAUUUUACUGGCAAUACCUUGUUGCAAAACGAUGCCCUGAUGGCUACGACGGUUUUGAUUGCUUACACCCAGUCGUCUCAAUAUCAAGUUCCUGGUUUCAGAAGGGAACCUACAGAAGCACAGUUGGGAUACGUCGACGGACAGGUCAUUGCAACAUUUGUACCAGAAAGUCUUGGCAACUUGACCGUUACCGUAUUUCUCAAUGGAAUGUAUCUCUCGAAUGCGGUGAUUCCAGUAAAUAAGCCAAUUGAACGUGCGUACGUACUGGUUAUUAUCUGAAAUUCCAGGGAAUCAGCGGUCCAGGCGGGUAUUACACCAACUAACCGUUUUCGGAAAUCGUACCAUUUAGUGCCAUCGAAACUUCGAGCGAAUAGUAGCCCAU